CGGCUUGAACGAAAGUCAAGACUCAGAUUAUCCCGUUUGGCGUAAUUUCUGACUCAAGUUUAUCUGGAAAAUAUUCAUAGAUUGAAGAAAUCAUGCCAGUGCCAGGCGGAAUGUAUCAAAAUCAAGGUCCAUCAUGUUUCGAUAAAAUGAAGAUGGGCUUUAUGAUCGGGUUUUGUGUAGGGAUGGCUAGUGGGGGGCUCUUUGGAGGCUUUACAGCGCUAAGAUAUGGUGCAAGAGGACGAGAAUUACUACAUUCUGUAGGUAAAGUGAUGCUUCAAGGAGGUGGAACUUUUGGCACAUUUAUGGCUAUCGGAACUGGAAUUCGCUGUUGACUAAGGCAUUUACCUGUACAUACUAUUCCAAAUAAUAUAAUUGUAGUUUCCUUAUUUAAUAAAUUUACUUUAAAACAGUAAAUAUUAAGCAUGUGGCCUUUUUCUGGUUCUUUUAAUUUGAGAAAGUCAGAUAAAUGCAUCUGUAAAUUUUCAAUACAGCUAUAUUUUUGCUGUCUAGCACUAAAAACAUCAUCUGAUGAUUGCUAGUGGAAGCCAAUGGCAGCAUAGAAGAAAAUACAAAUGAGAAUUUAAAAAAGUAAAAUAUGUAAAUAAUAUAGAGACAUAGCCCUUACCUUCUUUGGCUAAACCUACAACUCCAUCUAAUGGGGCAGUAUUGCCACUUUUUAUAUCAGUUCCA